CAAUGUUCGCGCCGCGCGUCGUGCGCAUUCCGUUGCCAGCCGUCGUCAAAAUUUCACAUCGUUUACAGACGAGAGACCAGUUCUGUCGCCACCAAAACUAUAGCCAACGACGACCACUACGAAAAUGUACGCCGCAGGCAGAGGUGCGGUGCGACUGCUGCUGGUGGCCGCGUUCGUGGUGGCCGUGGCGGGCGUCGCGCGGCGGCCACGGCAGCCGCGGCAGCCGCGGAGCAAGGCGACCCGGGUGUACCGGCCGAACAUGGACGCGGGGAAGCUGCUCAAGCAUGUGAUGAUGCGCGAGAAAGAGUGGACGGACGUGCUGCAGGAACCGAUCAAGCUGCUGGGCGAGCCACCGCACAAGGGACGAGGGCUUGCCGCGCCGCCGGUGGGGCCACGGAAGGACGCGGCCAGCGGCGAGGACGAGGAGGCGUCCUUGUACGACGUGCGCGAAAUCGUGGCCACGGUGACCCGAUAUUACAGCACCAUCCGGUCGUUCGUCGAGUACGGUGCCAAGGCCGUGCGCCGGGCGCUGGCGUGCUACACGUUCAAGCAGGUGAUGUACCAGACGUCCAGCAUUUCACUGUUGAUGGUCAAGGAAGCCGAGGCGAACAUCGUGCUGCAAACGGCCAACGCGUUCAAGAAGAACACCGCCUCGUUCGUCGACAUUCUGUCCGCCGUGCCCGACGCCGACCUGUCCGUUCUGUUGCGCGCCUACUGGGAGUCGAUCAAGCUGUUGCAGUACGACGGCAUCCAACGUUUGGAAAAACUGCCGUAUCCGGAGGCGUUGACGAAAAGCAUGACAAAUUUGACCGGAAACGUCAACAUUUUCCUGUCCAAGUAUUGUAUGCCGUACGCGACCGAAGACGAUUUCUUCCAGAGGACAGGCGUCCCGCAGAAGACCCCGCUGAUCAAGGACGCCUCGAUCGAGACGAUGAUGUCGAUAGAACAAAUAGCCAACAUGACCCGCGAGCAAGCGCAGCACAUGGCCCGGACCGCCCGUAGCCUGGGAAUCGUCACCAUGCCCGACCACCUGUGGUCGUCGCUGUUCUUCUACCGCGGGCGCCCGCGGCCGGACAGCACUUACCUGGACGUAGCCGCCCCGCCGGCGGGUGAAGCCGCCGCGUCGAAGAGUGAAGGCGGUCCCAGUGUAGCCGGCUCGUCGACGAGUGAAGCCGGCCCGUCAACGAGUGAUGCUGGCCCGUCGACGAGUGAAGCCGGCCCGUCGACGAGUGGAGCCGGCCCUAGUUAGGCACGUCUAUAGUCGUCCGGAAGACGCGCCAUCACCGCACGGUAGACACCUGAUGAACGUGCAGACACACACGACGGAGUCAUUAUAAUGAUAUGAAAUAUAAUAUAAUUAUUAUUGUUAACUUAUAGUGUUUAGAUAUUAUAUUAUUAAGUUUUUGAAUUCGUUUCGGCUCGUGUUUUCGUUUUUCAUCAGAGAUUUAAAAAUGUAACCACUGUCAAUCAAUACCAAUAUUUAAAUAAUACUUUACAAUACAAUAUACGUAUACAAUAAUAUAAUGAA